GCGUUGCCGCGGCAGCGUUCGUAUCAUCGCGGCGCCGCAGGAUUCCAGGCAGUUGCCGGCGGAGGCUGGAGCGGUGCUGCCGGACGCCCGGGGUCUGCACAGACGGUAAUCAUCAGGUGCCGUUUGGAGAGCGACAGCAGAACCAGUUUCAGGGAAGAUUUCGCUCUGCGAUCUCUCAGCCCGGAGUGAGCAGGUCAGGAUCGGUCCUUGGGCAACGCUGCCGGAGACGCCGGCAGGGGUCGAGCUGGGAGGGGAGUGAGGGGCUCUUGUGCUUUCAGACCUGUGGCCCGUGUCCAGAGAAAACAAGAAGCAUCAAGACGGAGACAACAGGACCCUGCCCUUGGCGUGAGGGGCUGAGUAACGCUCCCUGCAGUCAUGUGUGUAGGGUGCAGGAGUUGGUCAUGCUCUGGAUGCCACCCCCUGCCGAGGCCGUGAUGAGAAAUGUUUCUCCUUUAACUCUGAGUGUCUUAUUUCCAGUCCAGAACAUCUUUUUUGGCACCAGUGUCGCACCUCUUCCCAGUGCUUCCCGGGACAGGGCUCCCUUCCCCGCCAGGAUGGCUGGAGUGCGGUGCACGGCCAGUGUGGACUGGACCCCGGUUACAAUCCACUUAGAGCCAGCUGUCUUGAUGGCGCAGAGCAGGACAAUUGGUCUUUCCUGGGUACCAGCAUGGAUGGAGUAAAGCUGCAGGCACAAGCCAGUAGCGCCUGUGAUGUGGAAGAAGGCCAGCGCAGGGUGGCAGGAGUUUCUGUUGGAUGGCAGGAAAGGGCCAGGAAGAGAAAAUAAGGGAAGAAGAGGGGUCCUGGCAUGGGCAAGCAGAGAGGGGAAGGGACGGGGGGGAAGAGAGGUGUAGUUUUGUUUUGGGGGAAGAGGCUGUGCACGAGGAUGGCUUCCAACAGGAUGGCAUAGUCCCUUUCAGGGGUAGGCGUCCCCCCAUCGACGGCAGUGACUGCAGCUUGAGGCAGCGAGGGACAUCCAUCGGAGGAGAGGCAGGAGACCUUAGUCCAGAGCCGGAGGGAGGAGUGCGGUGUCACCAGGGCCUGUGAGCACCCGCCCAGCAGCGCUCCAUCCCCCAGGGCAGAUGGACAGGCUGCGGCGAGUGCUGAGGAGGAGGUCAGCCAAGGUGCUCUCCAUGGGAGAAGAGAGCAGCAGGGAGCCUGGACAGGAGGAUCGGGGCCCCACCUGCCGUGACGAGGAGGGGCCCAUCAGGGCAAGGAGGUGGCUGUGCCCCAUCUGCUGCCAAAGAAAACCGGCAGCUCCCAGCGGCAGGGGAAAGGAGGCAAAGAAAUCAGCCACCUCCAAGUCCAGAUGGAGGUGGCCGUGGGUGCGCCUGGGCAGGCGGGAGCCAGCACCAUCUCAGUGCCAGGCUCCCGAGGAACCGUGCAGCUCCCCUCCUGGGUCAUUGGGCAGCCUGGAGCCCGGCCCUGCAGCCCCGCAGCAGGAGGCAGCCCCGUGCCGAGCCGGGGAUGAGGGCCCAGCCGCCCUGGGGCAGGAGCUGAGCCAGGCCCACAGCAGCCCCUGCCUGAGCCGCAGCUCCUCCUGGGAUGACUGGCACACAUCCCAGGAGUCCGGGAGCACCAGCCCCAGCACCACCUCCUCCUCCUCCUCCUCGGACCCUGAAAACUCCCUGGAGGCCCAAAGCACCAGCACGAGCAGCAGCUCCUCCUCAGAGGACACCGAUAGCUCGGAGGAGUCCAACACCACCACGUCGACCAGCAGCUCCUCCUCGGAGGACUCCAGUAGCUCCCUGGAGUCUGGGACCAGCCCGGCCCCCGGUGCCACCCGCACAGAUGAGGGGAGCCGCUGGGGCCGGAGGUCUCAGCACCUUUCACUAAGCGAGGCCACUUGGACCCUCCAUGGGGCCGGGCAGGGGGAUCCUGGCCAAGUGAUUCCCAGCCCGGCCGGCGAGGAGCUGGAGGAAGAGGAGGAGGAUGAAGAGGAGGAGGAGGAGGAAGAUGGAAGGUCCCCGGAAGAAGCUGCCCUCCUCCUUGUGAAGAAACACCUGCAGGACCCAGGGGAGAUGCUGGACGGGAAGGACAGGCAGCACUUCCUGCUGGCCAUCAUCAGCCUGACCAUCGCUGCGGACCAGAGCAGAGAGGUGGCUGUGGAGCUGGAGGACCUCAAAGUGGCCAUGGUGGAGAGGAUCGUGAACCUGAUGGAGAACAUCUCAGUGGAGGCCGACAGAAAACACAUCCUGGCAUACAGCAUAGAUGCCAUCCGCUGCCUCAGCGACCCGAAGCUCAGCCUGGAGCCAGCGCUGGAGUCGCGACUCCUGCGGGCCGCCGUGGACAAGAGCUUCCUGGCCAUAGGGCGUGAGACCCAUCGCAACCAGGUCAUGCAGCGACUGUACGAGGAGUACCUGGAGGGCCUGCUGUGCUGCGUCUUGUCCAGCGCCCCCAGCCUGGGCAAGCUCUACUCCAUCUGGGAGCACUUUACUUCAUAGAUUGAGGCGCCGGAUGCCCAGCACCGUGCACUGGGCAUGAAGAUCAUCACCAGCGCCAUUGCCUUUGCUGUGCAGCUCCUCCCACUA